AGGUUCGUAUUCACAGAGAAGAUUAGGUGAAAACUGCAUUCCUUAUGGGAAGAGACUACGCCGUUUACUUCAGUCCUUCUAAUAUUGCAAGUAACAUCGACUGAAUAAAGUAGACAACUGAAUCCUUACUUUACCAUGCUCUAAAAAUUCCCUGCGUCUUUGAAUGAAUAUUAGGUGCGAUGGGUCGGUUAGACCUUGGCGAUGUAGUCCUGCGGCGGAUGCAGGAGAAAGACAUUGAAGCUGUGAAGAUUCUUAUCAAGGAAGGAUGCGAGGGAACAGAAAACCGUCUCAUUCUUCACCUCCUUACCCGUCCGGCUGCCCUUCUCAUGUUGGCCACUCUCUCUUCCAUCCUCCGCUUUGUGCUGCACUCUUUCAUCAUUGCGUUGGUCAUUCCUGUCUUCCUUCUUAUCAUCUACCUCAAGCUCACCAUCCCACGAUCAGUGGGCAUCCUGGGCUCCAGCAGGCCAUACUGGGACUAUGUGGGUAGCAGUUACCAUGCAGACACCGAACCGGAGCUUCCCAAUCCUUACGCAGGAAGAACAAAACCGAGCGCCAAUCAAGAGAAAACCAGACGGCGCAAAAAAGCCAAGGAGAAAGAGAGGACCAAUGAGAAAGAGCAGGUGGAUGAGGAUGAAAUUAAGGAGAGGGCAAAGGUUGCCGGGGAGGUUUGGGUAGCAGACUGUGAUGGAGAGAUUAUGGGGUGUGUGGCUAGAGAUGGUUGGAGUCGCUAUGGUGUAUGUCGGAUAUGCAGGCUGGUGGUUCAAAGCUGGUACCGCAGAGAGGGACUGGGAAGAUUACUGGUGCAGGGGUUGGAAUCUAAAGUAAGGCAGAGUGGAAUAUGCCGGGUCUAUGCCCACGUGCCAUUUCCCUCCAAAAUGGGAGAGGUUUUCUUUAGAAGGCUGGGUUAUCGUCUGCAAGGUGAGACUGGAGGGACUGAGGAAGAGGAGGAGGAUGAGUAUGAAGAACCAGAGAAGGGUUGGCUGGGGUUCCCUUUAACCAAAGUGUUUGUUAAGGAUUUGUAAGUGAAGUGUCAAUAAAAGGCGGUCUUUAAAGGGAUAGUUCAUCCAAAAAUGAUAUUAUACCCAUGAUUUACUUACUCCCAAGCCGCCUGAGAUGCAUAUAUCCAUCAUUUUUUCAAACUUACACAUUUUCAGUUAUUUUAGAAAAUGUUUAAGAUCUUUCAGUUAAUCAAAUGUAAAGUUAUGGGGUCCACUUCAUCAAGUCCAAAAAUGUGCAUCCAUCCUUCACAAAAUAAAUCUAAACGGCUCCAGGAUGGGGCUUUCUAAGGGUAAUCCGCUCGCUGUUGUUUAAGAAAUAUCCAUACUUAAAACUUUAUUAACGAAAAUAACUAGCUUCCGGUAACGCCGCCAUCUUAGACUCUCAUCUUGAAUACGUACGCGACUAAGAUGGCGGCGUUACCGGAAGCUAGUUAUUAUUGUUUAUAAAGUUUCAAAUAUGGAUAUUUCUACAACAAAACGGCGUGGAUUACCUUCAGAAGGCCUUUGUUUAUCAUUGUUGUGCCGUUUGGAUUUAUUUUGUGAAGGAUGAUGGACCCCGUAACUUUACAUUUUAUUGACUAAAAGAUCUAAAACGUUUUCUAAAAUAACUGAAAAUGUGUUUGUUUGAAAAAUGAUGGACAUAUACAUCUGGGACGACUUCGGGGUGAGUAAAUCAUUUUUGGCCGAACUAUCCCUUUAAUUCAACCUGAUAUUAAAGGAAAACUUAAAAGGAUAGUUCACCCAAAAAUGAAAAUUCUUUUAUCAUUUACUCACCCUCAUGUUGUUUUAAACCUGUAUGAGUUUCUUUAUUCUGCUGAACACAGACACCAAUUGACUUUCAUAGUUUUUGUGUUUCCUACUAUGAAAAUCAAUGGGUACCGUCAACGCCAAGCUUACAGUGUUCAACAGAAGACAUUUUUGGUUGAAUUUUCCCUUUAACUAUUUAUAAGGUGCCUGUUAGUACAAUGUGAAUCAAACAAAAGCGUAUGAAUAUUAGAAUUUAUAUUUCAAUUACUUUAAAUUAGUGAUCAAUUCAGUAAAAUUUAAAACAGUUGUAAAUUGCCAUGCAUUAAUUGUGUUUUAGGAGUUAUUUGUUUAUCCUCUCCCUGUGAGUUGUACACCACAUGUACAAACUUAGUGAAUAUUCUGACUUCUGAAUAUUUUUCACUAUAGAUUAUAUAAAUCAUAACUUUUUAUAUUGUUUUUAUUUUUUUGCUGAUGAGUGUUGCAGAUUUCAUCUUUGGGUUGAUGAAGUUUUAAGUUGAGCAGUGACUGAAAGGAUAAUCAGUUGGUGAUAAUGGUUAUUGUAUUAUUUCUGCUUAGAAUAAAAACAUUGAAGGCGUUGUUUGUGAGAACAUGACAAGAGAGUAAACAAUUUACUUUUUGUGUUUACCUUAUUUAUUUAUCUUAUUUAUUGUGUGGCAUGUAAAUGACAAGUGGUAUGUGGUGUUUUUUUCUUCUUUUUGAAAAGUGUUUCCUAUGACUGUUGAAAAAUAAGCUUAUAAAGUAUUGCACCACAGUUUUGUCUCAUGUCUUUAAUUUUUGCAUAUACAUGCAUAUGUUUUGAACAUGCACAUUUUAAUUAUGUUUUGCUGUGAUGAUGAAUUACUCUGUAAAACCUUUCAAGCAAACUGUGACAUUCG